AAUGACACCUGCGCACAGUGCCGCAAAAGACCAGGGAAGACAAGUAAAAAGGGAAACAGGAAAACAACACGCGAAAGAAAGGAAUGUGUAUCAAGCAAUAAAACGAAUUCUAGUCGCUGAACACUUACUCAGCGAACUAUACACAGCCUCUUGGCUCGUGAAUUUGUAGAAUAAUUUGCCAAACGCGGUUUGGCGAGCUAGCUAACGUCGUUAACAACAAGUAUUCUUUCUUCCUACGCGUUAGCAACGCAGCUAGCUAGCUACCUACCAAGAGGAUACGCGUGUGUGACCCAGACAAGAGCCGAGAAAACACGUAUUUUGGACACACCAUGAAUCCUGAAUAUGACUACCUGUUCAAGCUGCUUCUGAUCGGCGAUUCAGGGGUGGGCAAGUCUUGCCUCCUGCUUCGAUUUGCGGAUGACACCUACACGGAAAGUUACAUAAGCACCAUCGGCGUGGACUUCAAAAUCCGAACUAUUGAAUUGGACGGCAAGACUAUCAAACUACAGAUUUGGGACACUGCUGGUCAGGAGCGGUUUCGCACCAUCACCUCCAGCUAUUACAGAGGAGCCCAUGGUAUCAUCGUUGUCUAUGAUGUAACAGAUCAGGAGUCUUACAACAAUAUAAAGCAGUGGCUGCAGGAAAUCGACCGCUAUGCCAGCGAAAAUGUCAACAAGCUGCUGGUGGGUAACAAGUGUGACCUCACCACCAAGAAAGUAGUAGACUACACAACAGCCAAGGAAUUUGCUGACUCCCUAUCCAUCCCCUUCCUCGAGACCAGUGCUAAGAACGCAACCAACGUGGAGCAAUCCUUCAUGACCAUGGCGGCUGAGAUUAAGAAGCGCAUGGGGCCCGGGGCCACGACAGGAGGAGACAAACCCAACCUGAAGAUUGAUAGCACCCCAGUAAGGCAGUCUGGAGGAGGAUGCUGUUAGGACUGCCCUGUCCCCUCCUCUCAACUCCAGAGGCCCAGGGGUAGAGUGACAGUACUGGGGUGGAGCUGACAGAACAGGAAAAUAUGGUGAUGGAGGUGGUGGGAUCUUCAAGAACUGACUGACAUUUUUUUCAUUAUUUUUUUUCUCAUCUUAACCUAUGCCCAUAAUUAAGUGAGAAAGGUUUGUGCCCAGGAGCAGUUCCCCUCCCCCCAACACUCUUUUUAUUCACAAAUAUGCACAGAAUUGGAAACAUCUUUGAAAAAUGUGGUUGGCGUUGUUAGGCAUGGAAAAUGUUUUUAGCUAUUCAAGCACUAAUCCAGUAUCUAUCUGUAGCACUGGCUGUUUAAACACACA